AUGCCCAACGCAGCGGCUCAUCUUCCUUUCUAUUAUGGGAGCAUCUCCCGGGUGGACGCAGAGGAACACCUCAAACUGGCCGGAAUGGCAGAUGGGCUGUUCUUGCUCCGUCAAUGCUUCCGGAACUUGGGCGGUUACGUCCUGUCCAUGGUGCACAAGCUCCAGUUCUACCACUACCCCAUUGAGCGCCAGAUGAACGGCACCUACGCCAUCGCCGGAGGCAAAGCCCACUGCGGUCCCGAGGAGCUCUGCGAAUUCUAUUCCAAGGACGCAGACGGACUUUGCUGCACUCUCCGCAAGCCCUGCAACCGUCCCAGCAGCCUGGAGCCUCAGCCAGGGAUCUUCGAUAACAUCCGUGAGAACAUGGUGCGGGAAUACAUCAGGCAGACGUGGAACCUGGAGGGAGAAACCCUUGAACUGGCCAUCAUUAGCCAAGCACCACAGGUGGAGAAACUUCUGGCCACCACGGCCCACGAGAAACUUCCAUGGUACCAUGGCGCCAUCACCCGGGAGCUGGCCGAAAGCCGUCUCUACUCCGGAGCACAGCCUGAUGGGAAAUUCUUGAUGAGACAAAAAACGGAGAAGGGGGCUUAUGCACUAUCACUUAUCUAUGGGAAGACGGUGUACCACUACCUGAUAAAGCAGGAUAAAGCAGGGAAAUAUUCUGUGGAAGAAGGAACCAAGUUUGAUACACUGUGGCAGCUGGUGGAGUAUUUAAAACUCAAACCAGAUGGCCUGAUCUAUUAUUUGAAGGAGAGCACCCCCAAUCCUGAGAUGCCAACAGGUAUGCCUGCCGUGGCGCCGGCGCCCCCGGCACACCCCUCGGGGUUGGGCCCUCGGAGAUUUGCCUCACAGAACUCAGACGGAUACACACCAGAACCCAUCGGACUAGGGAAUAAGACACGGAUCCUGCCCAUGGACACGCUGUGCUACGAGAGCCCGUACAGCGACCCUGAGGAGCUGAAGAAUAGGAAGCUGUUUUUGAAGAGGAGCAAUCUCAUCGUUGAUGAGGUGGAGCUCGGUUCGGGCAACUUCGGGUGUGUCAAGAGAGGGGUUUACAGGAUGAAGAAGAAGCAGAUCGAUGUGGCCAUCAAAAUGCUGAAAAGCGGCAACGAGAGGGCGGAGAGGGAUGACAUGAUGAAGGAGGCCCAGAUCAUGCAUCAACUUGACAACCCUCACAUCGUCCGCGUGAUCGGAGUCUGCGAGGCUGAGGCCCUCAUGCUGGUUAUGGAGAUGGCGUCCGGCGGGCCGCUGAACAAGUUCUUGAAUGCUAAGAAGGACGAAAUCCCUGUGAGCAACGUGGUGGAACUCAUGCACCAGGUGGCCAUUGGCAUGAAGUAUCUGGAGGAGAAGAACUUUGUCCACCGGGAUCUAGCCGCUCGCAAUGUCUUGCUGGUCAACCAACACUACGCCAAGAUCAGCGAUUUCGGGCUCUCCAAGGCUUUGGCUGCUGAUGACAGUUAUUACAUGGCCAAGACCACGGGGAAAUGGCCACUGAAGUGGUACGCCCCGGAGUGCAUCCUGUUCCGGAAGUUUUCGAGCAAGAGCGAUGUCUGGAGUUACGGCAUCACCAUGUGGGAGGCCUUUAGCUAUGGACAGAAACCCUACAAGAAAAUGAAAGGCCCUGAGGUGAUGACAUUCAUUGAGGAAGGAAAACGGAUGGAAAUACCACCACGGUGCCCACCAGAGAUGUACAAACUGAUGCAGACGUGUUGGACGUUCAAGUGGGAAGACCGGCCGGACUUUGUCACCGUGGAGACACUCAUCCGCACUUAUUACUACAGCAUUGCAGCCAGGACGGAAGAGACAUUGGAGGAGAGGGUUCAAAUCACGCCUGCCUAACUCUAGACACACAUGCCUUUGGAUGU